AGUCUACCGGCAGAUUAAUCAUAUGGUUUUUUGAUUGUAAAGUUAGCACAUGGCAACCCUACUCUUUAAACAUGAAUGACAUUAGGUAAAAGUAAAUGUUUACGUUGAAAAAAACAACCAAAAACCAUGAACUGAUAAGGAUAUUAUAUAUUUGAUUAUAUCUUGGCUAAUACAUAUAUUUAGCGGUGCUUUUUUAUACUUCUAAUAAAUGGAUCAUAGGAUAUUCCUGCUGUAAAAUCAUGUCUCGUAAUAUACUAAAAAGUAGCCUACUUAGUGCCAUAUUAAACAUGGCAUUUCAGAUAUUCUGUCGGCUUUUAACAUUUGCUAUUAACAUAUUUAUGGUGCGCAAUAUUGGUCGAGAUGUUCUGGGAAUUAUAAAUGUGCGUCUUUUGCUUUUGGAGAGCACUAUCAUCUUUCUUUCUAGGGAAGCAAUUAGUCGUGCCUCAUUAAGUGCCAGUUCCACCAAGCAGUUAAAGAAAUGCUCAUGGGCCCAGUUAAUAAAUCAACAAUGGCUAACCAUUCCUACUUGUCUAUGUAUUUCUAUGAUUUGCGUCCAGAUCUGGCUUCAUAUAAUGUUAGCCAUAGAGGACGACAUACAAAGGCAACAAUAUAACAAGGCCUGCUAUGCGGUGGCAUUGGCAUGCUUAAUAGAAUUUUGUGCCGAAGCUCCAGUUUUUGUUAGCCAAGUCUUUUGUUUUGUAAAACUUAAAGUUGUGAUGAGCACUCUGCAAAUUCUAGUGCGUUCCACGGUAUUCUUAUGGCUAGUUUUUAAUUUGGAUGCAUCACGAGCCAUACAUUAUUUUGCUAUAGCUCAGAUAGCUAGCGCUUUAAUGGUUGUGUUUGGCUACUAUGGCUUUUAUCAUUUUUACAUAGUACGGCUGAAAGAAUAUAAGGAGACACGAAAGAAGCAUGCAGAUAACACAGAAUAUCAUAAGUUAUUUGAAAAUAUGGAUGAUUUUGAAUUCAUGGGCGUUACCGACCUUCUGCCAGGCGUUAUGCUAAAAAAGAAAGAGAAUGCCAUUAACAAAGAUUUGUUUACAUUCACUCUAAGCUUUGCCAAGCAGACGUUUGUUAAACAGAUUCUGACGGAAGGUGAAAAAUAUGUAAUGUCUUUUACGCCAGGCCUAACUUUUAGCGAACAAGCCACAUACGAUAUUGUCAACAAUUUGGGUAGCUUAGCUGCUAGAUUUAUUUUUCGUCCUAUAGAGGAUAGCAGUUAUUUUUAUUUUACACAAUCCAUAGCUAGAGAUGUUAAGCUGGAAAAUCAGGAAAAGGCCAAAAUUUCGGAGGCUUCAAAAGUCCUGGAAAACCUACUGCUGGGUAUUACAUCAAUUGGUUUAUUGGGUUUGACUUUUGGUCAAAACUUUUCCCAUGCCUUAUUGUAUCUAUAUGGAGGUGCGAAUUUCGUCGCAGAUGCUCUGCCAGAGAAAUUGCUACGUUGUCAUUGCAUAGCAAUAUAUUUUUUGGCAAUCAAUGGCAUAACAGAAGGUUAUAUGUUUGCUACAAAUACAGCCAAACAAAUUGAUAAAUACAAUUAUAUAAUGGGAAUAUUUUCCAUCAUCUUCAUCGUCAUGUCUUUUGUACUGACGAGAAUUUUUGGCCCUGUGGGUUUCAUAAUAGCCAACUGUAUAAAUAUGCUGUGUAGAAUAUGUAGCAGUUGUAAAUAUAUUUGGGAUCAGUUUAAACCUGUAGAACAUAAGCCUUUAAGAGGUUUAAAACCAGGAACACUAUUUUCCAUUGGCCUUAUCAUUGCCUAUGGUAUAUGUUAUUAUUCUAAGUUGAAGUUCAGCUUGCAGUUGCAUUUACUUGUUGGUGUUUUUAGUGGAAUGUUUGUUCUAUUAUUAUGGGCCUUUGAAAACAAAAGUCUGGCAAAGCAAGUCUGGUCAUAUAAAACAAAAGUGAAAACCAAAUAAAACAAAAAUUUUUUUACAUUGCAAAACUA